UUAUCUGGUUUUUCCAAAUUCUGUGAGUCACUGAGUACUAACUAGUAACUACUAAAAGUCAUAAGCACAGUACUUUCAAGAAGGUCCAGGACCUGUUGCAGUAAUUUCAUCUCUGGGAAUAGCUACCAUAUCAAAUUCACGUCAGCACUAAAACUCGGAGAUGUUCAUCCACGCCAACAACAUUGCGGACUGGAACGCCGUGGACGUCCGCGUUGACGGCCAGCUGCAGCUCGGCCACGUCGUCAACGUGGUGGAAAAGGGCCUGAUCAUCGAUUUCGGGUGUCCUGGCCAGCGCUCCACCUUCGUCGCAUUCGGGACGAUCUUCCAGGGCAGCGGUGGUAAACAGUACCAGAGCCCCAUAUACUGGGAUUACCAGAGUAAAACUCCCUUUCCCGAACCAGCAGAGGGAGCCGAUGCGCAAGUAUUACUGCGCGCUACUCCUCGUGCUCCGUGGGUGUGGUAUCCAGGGAAAGUGAUGGGGUUGUAUGGUUUCUGUUGUGAUGCAACGGGUGAUUCGAUGCUGGCGCAAGUGCAGCUGCCCCACGGUGUUGUUACUGAGCUGAUGCUGGAAGAGCAGGUGCGCGCAAUCGAUCAGCCAGCGCGGCGGCAGAUUGUGGAGAAGGAUUUUGUUGUCCGAUGUUGCCCCCUGCCGGUGGGCUACUGGUCCGAGGCGUCGGCUUUCGUGGCGGGGAUGUUUCGAUUCUGGUUGGGCCAUAAGCAUAAAGUGCGCUGCACCGCCAUCCUCAGCCAGACGCUGCUGUAUCUGCAGUGCCAGACGGCCGCUCCACUGGACGCUGCUGCUGUGGAACAAUCAUAUGCUGCGGCCAAAAAAGACGCUAAAAAAGACGCCGCACUCCAUCCAAUCUCCACGCCGAGCGUUCUUUCCCAUGCAGCGACGAGAGAACGCAAGACACCGACACCCGCCGCUCAACUGACCGUGGCGUUGGGCGCGUUACCGGCGAUGCUGCAUACAGAGAUCCUGCAGUCUCUCAACACCAUGGACCGUAUGCGCUGUCGCCGUGUCAGCUACCUGUGGAACACGCUUAUCACCACGGAGGCCUACUUCCCCGAUGUCUGCCUGUCGGGGCUGAAGGCGGAUUAUAAUAAGAACGACCUGUACCCCAUGUUCUGGGUGGUGGCCGGUGUGUUGAAAUGCGUUAGCAGCCGCACGCGGGUGGUGGUGUUCCGACAUAUGGAUCGGGUGGAAUGCCAGCGCACUCUCCUCAUUAUCAAGCAUCUGCGCGGUGGUGUCCGUCUCCCGAUGCUGGUGUUGGACCGGUGCCGGUUUAUCAACGACUGGGUCUUCAGUUAUCCCAUUGGGGUGAUUAUCAAGGAAAUGGUGGAGAUGUUUGCGGCGGCGGAGAGGAUUGUGAUGAAGAACUGCCGGAUGGACGAUGAAAGUUUGAAGGCGGAAGGGGUACAAUGCGCGUUUGACGGGCAGUCCGAUGCCGAGGUGGAACAACAGCUGUGGGAUCUCUUUGAGAAAAAUCUUGCUCUCAAGAAGCCACUGGAUAUACAGUGGGUGACUGAGUGUAUCGCCAAGAAGCGCCGCAAACGAAUCAAGAAGGAGGUCAUCAAGGGUCUAAAGAAUUAUCAGAGCGUGGACCCGCGUGAGUCCACGCACUACCGCCACCGGGAAUGGACCGUGGACGAGGUGCUGCAGCAGCUGGAUGUCAGCAAGUUGAGCCGCGUAACGGCAGCCGCGCUUAGUGAAAGCCUGGCUCCCGACGAGUGAUUGGAUCGACCAGAUUGCGGGCAUGUUGUUUCUUUAUUGUGCAGUCGCAUACGCUUGUUCCUGCGUUGCUUUUUUGUCGAAUUCGGACACACGAUUACAUAUUUGUCUUGGCCAUAUGACGUAUGAUUUUGGUACUAGUUGUUUUUUUUACUCGAUUUAUGGCUAAUAAGCCAAAUAAGUGAGAUACAUAGUACAUACGGUA